UGAGUGGAAGGGUAUUAGGGUUAGGCGACACCAAAUGCAGUUGCACCUAUAAAAUCCCUUUUACGCGUCUUCCCGAUUCAACAGCGGUCUCCCUGUCUCUACCCCUACAAACUUCAACACCAGAAGCAUAACUUAACGCCGGUCCACAAAAAUGGAGCAGAGCUUUAUCAUGAUCAAGCCUGAUGGAGUACAGAGAGGCCUGGUUGGAGAGAUUAUCAGUAGGUUUGAGAAGAAAGGCUUUUCUCUAAGAGGUUUGAAGCUCAUGUCUGUGGAUCGCGCUUUUGCUGAAAAUCAUUACUCUGAUCUUGCUGGAAAGCCCUUUUUUAAUGGAUUGAUUGAAUACAUAAUUUCUGGUCCCGUCGUUGCAAUGAUCUGGGAGGGGAAAAAUGUUGUAGCAACUGGUAGGAAGAUCAUCGGAGCGACGAAGCCAGUGGACUCUGAUGUGGGAACCAUACGGGGUGACUUUGCAAUUGAUGUUGGCAGGAACAUCAUUCAUGGAAGUGACUCGGUGGAGAGUGCAAGGAAGGAAAUUGCUCUUUGGUUCCCAGAAGGUCCCGUUUACUGGCAGAGUAGCCUUCAUUCAUGGAUCUACGAGUGAGAAAAUAAAUCCUUGUGGUUAAUCCCAUUCCGUGCGGCCCUUUGUUUUGUGUUUUCACCUCUUUUAAAUUGAUAACCAACCACUUGGUUGAGACAUUUCUAUGUUUAUUCAAUAGCUGGCUAUAAGCAUGGCGUUAUGGUGUUGUACUUUAGUUUCUGUUUGCUAUCAGCUACUGUUAAUGUUUAUGGAUCUGAAAGUUAGUCUGUCUUUAAUUUACUUCUUAGUUAGUUAGUUGCA